AUGCUAACGACCGCGACGCAGUUGACAUGGCAGCUCUUCUUCUGCAUGGUCGGAAUGUGUCUGGCUUUCGUCGUCGCGGAAGUCACGCCACUGUUUUUGGCUACCUGUUUUACCAUCAUCGCCGCGGAUCUGCACGCCUUGGAGCAUGUCAUCUGGAUUCUUGUGGGUCCUUACAUUGCGACAGGCGCCGUUGCUCCUUUCGUUGGCAACCUGUCCGAUCUUCUGGGCCGCAGGGUGAUCAUCCUCGGCUCUCUCGUCCUUACUCUGGUUGCAUUCUCGAUGAUGGCUGCGGCGCCAACUUUUGCAGUCUUCCUCACUGGCGCUAUCUUCUGCGGUGCAGCGAUCGGUACCCUCAUCAUGUCGGUCAUUUCAGCUGCGUCGGAGCUGGUUCCGAUGCACAAGCGAGGUGCGACGAUCGGAUACAUUUCUCUGGGCAUCAUUCCUUUCGCACCAGGCAGCAUGUAUGGCCAAUUGAUUGCCAUGCACAACUGGCGAUACAUCUUCCUCAUGCUCGGUCUGAUAGCAGUUCUGGCUUUCAUCUUCUUGUUCAUAUUUUAUUCCCCGCCUCCUCGGCCGAACUCCGCCGGCCUUUCCAAGAUGGACAUCCUCAAACGCAUCGACUACGGCGGCUGCUUCUUGUCCGUUUCCGGAAUCGUGGUCUUCCUCCUGGGCAUCAACUGGGGCGGCGAGUACCGCUGGGCCUCUACUCGAGUCGUCUCCUGCCUCAUCGUCGGCCCGGUGCUCAUGGGAUUGUUCGUCCUGUACGAAAUCUACGGCACGAAAUACCCAAUGUUCCCCAUGCGCCUGGUCCAAAGCAAGCGUCACUUCGCCGCCGUGGCCGUCCUAUGCCUCACGAGCGGUGUCAACUACGUCCCUAUCACGGUCUUCUGGACCAUCCAAGUAUACACCGUUUACGGCGCCACCUUCUCCGACGCCGGCCGCUGGCUCCUCCCCCUCGGCUUCUGCAUCAUCGGCGGAGCUGGCAUCUCCGCCAUCCUAAUCACAGUCUUCAAGAAACACAUCCACUGGGUCCUCAUGUUCUUCUGCAUCCUGCAGACCGUCGGAAUCGCGUCCAUGGCGGCUUUCGACCCACACAACAUCAAUUCCGUCUGGGCGCCGAUGGUAGUCGGCUUGAUCGGUGUCGGAGGCGUGCUACUCCCAUCGCAAGUUGUCUUCUCCGUCAUCUCUCCAGAUGACCUCAUCGGAACAAGCGUCGCGCUGUCCGUCGUCAUCCGCAUGAUCGGCCAGGUCAUCGGAAAGAGCAUGUUCUACAACAUCUUCAAGACGGACGUGAUCAAGCACGCACCGAAAAUUAUCGCCAUCCCUGCCGUGCAGGCGGGUUUCACGAGCGUCCCACGCAUUACCGCGGUCGUCAACCAGAUGACUGCAGGACCUUUGAAGUACUACAUCGACCGCGGACUGUUCCCAGAAAUCACGCAUGAUCCGGCGAAAAUCCAGGCUCUCAUCGAGGCGGGCAAGACAUUGUACGGCAAUUCGUUGGGCAUGAUAUACCUGAUCUCGCUGCCGUGGGGAAUUUUGGCGAUUGGAUCUUGUUUCUUGCUGUGGGGUGUGGACAAGUACAUUGAUGAGCAUGUUGCGGUGCAUCUGUGA